AUGGACUGUCGCAGUUGUGGAAGAAGAGGCCAUACCGAGCAGGCCUGCUUAAGAAUAAAGAACAAGGAGCAAACAUCAAAGUCUGCCAACAUACAUGACUCUGUGAAGAACAGGAGGAAAACACAGGUGAACACUGUGAGACAAAGGGAGACUGUGUCCAGCGAUUCUUCGGAAGGAGAACAGGAGAUGAGUGUACACACACUGAAUAUAAUGAAGAUGGAUGAAGAUUCAGAGGGUUACUGGGUGGAGCCCAUGCUGGAGGGGCACCCAGUGAGUAUGCAAAUAGACACUGGUUCAAAAGCAUCCAUUAUCUCAGAUGGGGUUUACAAAAAAGUUUUGAGACACCUUCCGCUGCGACCGUCUGAUACUAGGUUCAAAACCUAUCGAGGGGAACCUGUACCCAUGGCAGGAAUGACUGAUGUCGUGGUCCAGAGUAACAAUCAGGUGAGGAAGAUCCCCAUCUAUAUUGUUAAAGGUGAUUACCCGGCUAUUCUGGGACGUGUGUGGCUAGAGAAAAUGAAGCUAAGCUGGCACACUGUAAAAAUGGUAUCACCAACGGCUACUAGUCUAGCUGCUAUUUUGAGGAAACAUGAUGAGGUUUUCCGGAAGGAGUUGGGCAGUAUGAAGGACAUUACUGUCAAGCUAAACAUUAAACCGGAAACAACACCAAAGUUUAUGAAGGCCAGGUCUGUACCAUAUGCUAUUCGAUCGAAAGUGGGGGAUGAGUUGGACGCCUUAGUUAAAAGCGGUGCUUUGGAACCGGUGACUGUCAGCGAGUGGGCCACGCCCAUAGUUCCCGUACCCAAGGAGACGGGAGAAAUACGAAUCUGUGGAGAUUUUAAAGUGACACUGAACCCUGUACUGUCAGCAGAGCAGUAUCCUCUUCCCCGCAUUGACGAUUUGUUUGCCGGGCUGAGUAAGGGGCAAAAGUUUAGCAAAAUAGACCUUAACCAAGCCUACUUACAGAUGCAUGUGCAUGAGGAUUCUAAAGACUUGCUCACCAUAACUACACAAAAGGGGCUUUUCAGAUAUUGUCGACUCCCUUUCGGGAUCACAUCAGCCCCUGCACUUUUCCAUUGUGCCAUGGAUCAGAUCCUACAUGGCCUCCCUGGUGUACAGUGCUAUUUGGACGAUAUUCUGUGCACAGGAAGUACGGACCAAGAACAUCUGGACAAUUUGGAUGCUGCUCUUCAAAGACUGAAAGAGUAUGGGCUCAGGUUGGCCUGCGAUGCAUCCCCGUAUGGAGUGGGGGCGGUCAUUUCACAUUUAAUGCCAGACGGGGUAGAGAGGCCUAUAGAAUUUGCAUCACGGACCUUGAACAAAGCAGAGACUAACUAUGCUCAGAUAGAGCGGGAGGCGUUGAGCAUCGUCUAUGGGGUUUGCAAGUUCCAUCAGUACCUGUAUGGGAGACAAUUUACAUUGCUGACAGAUCACCGACCCCUGACGACCAUCCUUGGAUUGCACACUGGGUUACCCUCACUUGCCGCGAGUCGCAUGCAGCGGUGGGCGUUGCUCUUGUCGGCACACUCGUAUGACAUCAAGUAUCGCAAGGCUGACCUGCACAGCAACGCCGAUUCCCUGUCCAGGUUGCCUCUUCCUAUCACCUGGCCUGAGCCGCGGGCAGCAGAAAUAUUUUACUUCAGUCAGGUGGAUGGUAGCGAUGCCCCCAGUAUUCAACCUUAUCUCUCCAGGAGAGCAGAACUGUGGGUGCAAUCUGGUUGCUUACUGUGGGGGAGGAGGGUGGUUAUCCCGCCAUCAUUGCGUAAAUCCGUUCUGCAACAGCUCCAUGCAGGUCACAGUGGAAUAGUUCGAAUGAAGGAGAUAGCAAGGAGUUACUUCUGGUGGCCAGGAGUGGACAGAGAGAUAGAGACUACCGCCAAAACCUGUUCUUCAUGCCAAGAAGUUAGGAAGGCACCCCAACUAGCUCCUCUACAUCCCUGGGAGUUUCCCGAAGAACCAUGGCAACGGGUGCACUAUGAUUUUGCAGGACCUGUAGAGGGUUGUAUGCUCCUUGUGUGUGUGGACGCCCACAGUAAGUGGCCGGAAGUGGCCAUAAUGAAAACCACUACCACUGCAAAGACUAUUGAGAGGCUGGGGGAGAUUUUCAGCCGGUUCGGUUCUCCUCUUCAGUUGGUCUCAGAUAACGGGCCACAACUGGUGUCACAAGAAAUGACUACCUUCCUUGAAGCAAAGGGCAUACAACACAUUCGAUCCGCACCAUUUCACCCUGCGACCAACGGUCUGGCUGAAAGGUUUGUGCAGACCAUGAAGAAAGCUUUGAAGACAUCUCAAGAGCAGGGAUCAUUUCUCCAGAGAUUGCAUAGAUUCCUGUUGAGCUAUAGGAAUAAUCCCCAUGCCACUACUAAAGUUCCCCCGCUUCUCUGA